AUGGAGAGUACUCAACAACGCUCGCCUUCGGUGCCCUCCGAGCAUUGGACAGCCUUUUGCCGACGGGCUCACGAAUACAAAAAUAACUAUCCUAGUCCACUAGACGAUCUAAGAGUAUGGCAAAAUUUCGACUACGACACGCAAGUAUCGUUUCAUAAUAGCCUAGAAGCCUACGAGAACGCAGAAGCAGACCUCAAUUUCAGGAUCGCACUCAUCAAAAAUCUGUGUGGCUACGAUAGGAUAGCGCCCGACCCGAGUCAAUACGAUGUUUUCACGCAAUAUGUGGGUUUACAAGAGGAUCUCCAAAGAGCCAGAGCCCAUCUUCCUACGGCUACCCAGGCUGUUGAAUCUUCUAUCCAGGCCGCUGCAAGCGAUGGAUUCCUGACUGCCACACUCAGGGACACACUAGUCAACUGGAUGACGCAUACGAAAGCCGCUCAGCAGAAUGAACUCGAUGGAGAGACUGUCAACCUCCCCCGCCUCAAGGCACAAUUGGCCGUCAUUCGGAACAAACGGAUGACUGGUGAUCCGGGGAAGGAUUGGGUGAAAGGUGGUGUUCUGGGAAAGGGUACUUAUGGCGAGUCAGUAGUGUUUCUCAGACAGAACGCGGACGGAGUAGUGACUGAUAGAAUUGCCAUCAAGACCAGCGAUAUUGACCCCAACGAUGAGCGCUUAUGGAACAGUAGUGGAACGGCGCCAACUGAAGCCACUGCAAUGGUGCAAUUACAAAAAUGCUCCAACUCAGAAUGUAUUGUCCAGAUCAGAAAUUGGGCAGUCGCUCAUAAUAGGUUCAGGCACAAGAUAUACAUGGAGUUCUGUCCGUACGGCGACCUCGCGGCCCUUUCAGAUCAUUACAAGCCUGUUAUGGGUCUCAGGCUUGAUGGCUUCGUCCCAGAGCCAUUUGCUUGGUGUGUGUUGGAGAAUCUGGUCAAAGCGGGCUUGCUCAUGAGACAAGGAGAUCUUGAUCAACCGAUCCAAGGCUGGGAGGGCAUUGUGCACCGUGAUAUGAAACCCCCGAACUUAUUCAUGGCAGAUAAUCCGACCGACGUCUAUCGAAACUAUCCGAUUCCAAAGCUUGGCGACUUUGGUCUUGCCGUCUUUCCAAAACCUCCUGCGACCAAGUAUGCAUGGAACCAACCUAUCGGGUAUAUGGCACCGGAACAAUGUAACUCCAGACUACUUCAACCGGGGCAAGUUUUGCCGCCUCUUACUGGUUUGCCCCUGGGUAGUCCAGAGACGGGGCUGUCGUCAAAGUCAGAUGUCUGGGCCGUGGGAUACGUCAUGUGGUCACUUUUGACGGGAAAGGGUGUCGAUCCGUCUUAUCGACAAGCAAUGAGUCCCAAUGGCCAAUUUCAGAGGGAAAGGACCCUGCAAUAUUCCAUCGAUCAGACGGCAUACAGCCCGACUUUGAGAAAUGCGAUUUAUCGCUGCUUGAGAUACCAGCCAGCCGAACGACCGAAUUUCCUCCAACUUCUGCACUAUAUAAACCUCCACACCGGCUCUCAUGUCGCCAACGAUCUCUCACAAGGUCUGCGACACGCAGAAGCAAAUCCCACGAACGCUGGCAGGUUCCCCGUCCCUCUCGGUGUAGAUAAUUAUGGACUUGGUGGGAAAAUGGCAAAUGCAGCGUGGCUGCCUCCUAACACCACAGCUCCUCCCGCACCAGGUCGAGGCACAAGACUGCCAGGUGAUCCCCCAACACCGGAUAACAUUAUGUUUGGACAGCCUGGUCGAACUUUUGGGCAAGCUCCCGUCCAAAAGGCCUCGUUGAAACGCGCAUCGGCAGAUGAUUCGAGUGAGGGUCGAACGAGCAAGAGACUUGCAGGUCGGGAACCCAGAAUGCCGGCGGUGGGAUCUGACACUUCACGUCGGAGCAGUCUGGCAAAGGGUGGUGCGUCACCUAGUGGUCGGUAA